AAGACCAGGGCUGACAUUGGCAGUGUUGGUAACGCUCGACUUGACCAUAUGUUUUGAAAGACACACGCGGAUUUUUUGUUUGGAGUUUUCAAAUCGGAAAAGUAACUUUAAAAUGAGCGCGACCAACACAAUAGUUAUGCCCGGCGAGCGGAUUGCGGCCAUUGAGGAGCUGGCCAAGAGCAAGCGGGUGAUCCUCGGACCGGGACUGCGGCGUCUGGACGACACUGUGGUGGCCAGCAAGGCGGGCCCACUUCGACACAAGGAACCCGGCACCUUCUGGGUGGACAACUACCAGAGGAGGUACAUCCCCGCACGCGGAGAUCUGAUCUUGGGCAUUGUGCGAGCCAAGUCGGGCGAUAUAUACCGCGUGGACAUCGGAGCAGCGGACACAGCCUCCAUAUCGUAUCUCGCCUUUGAGGCGGCUACCAAGAAGAAUCGCCCGGAUUUGAUCCCCGGCGAUCUGAUCUACGCGAGAGUCCUGAAUGCCAGCGCAGACAUUGAACCGGAGCUGGUCUGCGUCAACUCGGUGGGCAAACGUGGCAAACUGGGCGUCCUCACCGAAGGAUUCUUCUUCAAGUGUAGCCUGAAUCUGGGCAGGAUGUUGCUGCGGGAAAACUGCCCCGUUCUCGCCGCUCUAACCCGGGAAAUGCCCUACGAGAUCGCCGUGGGAGUCAACGGCAGGAUCUGGGUGAAGGCUCACUCCCUGAAAGAAACCGUUGCCCUCGCCAAUGCCAUUUCGGCGCUGGAGCAAUCGGGAUGUGCGGAAAUCGACAAGAUAUGCGGCAAUCUCGGAGACUACCUGCAGACCUAGGUUUAGUUCUUAGUUUACUUACUUUUAUAUAAAAAGAAACGGUUAGCCAAACUA